AUGGUUUCAAGGGAAACUAUUGAAAGGCCAAAAGCAACUAUCUCAGCUGGAGUAGUGCUCUGCAGCAAGUGCAAAUGUGAAGCUGAGCUAGAAGUGGUCCUGGACAGGCAGAGUCAGCCCAUUCCGAGUGUUUUUGAUAGGAUUGGAACCUCAUCUCGAGAUAGAGCCAGGUGGAAGGAGUAUCCCAGACCAGCCCAGCACAGCAGGAGGAUGACAGAGCAGCCCAAGAAGGAAAUAUCAAUCAAGAUGCCCGGGAAUGACAAACCUCUGGCUGCUAUCAUAGAAGGAAGGUGGUAUGCUGUCGGGAAAAGUGGCAGACCAACUAUGGAAUUAACCAGAACCCAUAAGAGGAGGGUUCAAAGGCAAUACUGCAUAUUCCUCAAGAACAAAAGUGAUGCACAGGCACCUCCGGAGACCACUUCUGACAGAAAAGGGAAAGAUUCGGAAAUACCUUCCCAGGCAGAACAAGUAAUCCAGCCACAGAAAAUGUUGAAAGCUAGAUCUCCAGUUAAGCCUUCUAUCCAUCUUGCUUCAUCCUCAGACAAUCAAUUUAAACAUUCACAGAUACGAGGAGAAUCUGAACCUAUUCUAGUAGAAGGGCAAGAAGACUGGACUAAGGAAAAUGAAGAGGAGCAGCUAGAUUAUGAGCCAUCUGCAGAUGACCAGAAUGCACUCCUCGAAACAGAAGAACAGGAAGAUUGA